GAACCGCUCAGUCACUUUCACUCUCAGAACUAGUACAUCUAGAUACUUGUCAAAGUCAUGGGGAUUCUGGAUGUUUUGCUCCAGUCCCACUCAGCCACUUUGUUGGUGGCUCUUCUAGUACUUCUGUUGGUGUAUUUAAUUUCAUCCUCCAGGUUUAGCCCUGAAAAACAUGGAAAGGAUCCACCGGGACCAAGACCCCUUCCUGUGAUUGGAAACCUUCUGCAACUUGACCUCAGCAGACUAUAUAAAUCUUUACUGGAGUUAUCCAAGGAGUUUGGUUCCGUCUUCACUGUCUAUCUUGGACCACAAAAAGUGGUGGUUCUGGCGGGAUACAAAACAGUCAAGGAGGCUCUUGUUCAGCCUGGUGAGGAGUUUGGAGAACGGCAAACCUUUCCACUUUUUAAUGAAUUCAACAAAGGGCACGGGGUUUUAUGGGCAAACGGGGACUCUUGGAGAGAAAUGCGACGCUUUGCUUUGACAAACCUAAGGGACUUUGGAAUGGGCAAAAAGGCUUGUGAAGAUAAAAUAAUCGAGGAGUGUCAGCACCUCAUUGAGGUUUUUAAGAAUUUCAAAGGAGAACCUUUUGAUACAAUGCAGCCUCUAAACUAUGCAGUCUCUAACAUCAUCUGCUCCAUGGUCUAUGGCAACAGAUUUGAAUACGAUGACCCAGAAUUUACAUCGAUGGUGGAUCGAGACACCACGGUUUAUCCUCUCCUGACUUCUGUCCUCCAUGAUCCCAGUGAGUGGGAGAAACCCCACAGCUUUCAUCCUGCUCAUUUUCUGGACAAAGAAGGAAAAUUUGUCAAGCGUGAUGCCUUCAUGCCAUUUUCUGCAGGCCGCAGGAUUUGUCUUGCAGAGAGUUUAGCCAGGAUGGAGCUUUUCAUCUUCUUUACCACCCUGCUGCAGCAUUUCCGCUUCACUCCUGCACCCGGAGUCACAGAAGACGAACUGGUUCUGACUGCACAAGGAGGCGUCACUCUUGGCCCUUUACCUCAUAAACUCUGUGCUGUUUCUCGGAUGUGAAGAGGAAGAGCCAGUUAAAUCAAACCCGACAAAACAGAUAUUCAUUUAUAGUUCUUGUAGAAAUUAUUUGUUUAGUGAAGGUUACCUCCUGA